UCAGCCCAUCGCGCAGCACCAGGAAAUGGUGGCUGCGUGCUGAUGAGUGCGUGUGGCUGCAGCCGACCGAGAGGCAGCAGCACAACAAGUUGGGAGGAGGAAAGCGAGCAACAGGCAGCCACGGGCGUCAGCGACACACUUUCCGCACUUUUCCAGGUCUCGUGCAUCGGCAGGUGAAGAUGAGCGACGCCAACCAGCCCAGGCUUGAACUUUUUGUGAAGGCAGGAAGCGAUGGUCAGAGCAUCGGAAACUGUCCCUUCUCCCAGCGUCUGUUCAUGGUGCUGUGGCUCAAAGGAGUCACUUUCGAUGUCACCACGGUGGAUAUGAAGAGGAAACCGGACAUCUUGAAGGACCUGGCUCCCGGCGCCCAACCUCCCUUCCUGUUGUACGGCAGCGAGGUGAAAACCGACACCAACAAGAUCGAGGAGUUCCUGGAGGAAAAUCUCUGCCCUCCCACGUACCCCCGUCUGGCUGCUCGUAACCCAGAGUCCAACACAGCAGGCAUGGAUGUUUUCUCCAAAUUCUCCGCUUACGUCAAGAACUCAAACCCUCAAGCCAAUGAAAAUCUAGAAAGAGGUCUGCUGAAGGCUCUGAUGAAGCUGGAUGACUACCUCGGCACCCCACUUCCUGACGAGAUUGAUGAGAAUAGCGCUGAUGAUGUCACUUCCUCAUCCCGCCCCUUCCUGGAUGGCCAGCAGCUUACUCUGGCUGACUGCAACUUGCUGCCUAAGCUCCAUAUCGUGAAGGUGGUGUGUUUAAAGUACAGAAACUUCAUCAUCCCCGAGUCUCUGACAAACCUCUGGAGGUACUUGAACGCUGCGUACGCCAGAGAAGAGUUCGCCUCCACCUGUCCGGUCGACAACGAGAUCCACAUUGCCUACUCCUCUGUCGCUAAAGCUCUCAAGUAGGAGGACAACAGGAUGCACGCGUCAUUCACACACAAAAGCACAAACACAUUAACACGUUCACUCACCUGCACACACUGAGCGUUCAGUCUGCAAGCAGUGUGGUCGAUCUGUUUCUCCACCCUUUUAAUAUAUUAUGUUGAUCAACUGAUUAAUCUGAUUCGCAUUCAUCAAAGUUGUACUGAUGUGAAAUUAUGUAGAUUUCAUCCUUAAAAAGGGUCAUUUUUGUUCAGGAAGAAAACAAGGAAGUACAGGAGUCAGAUAAGUUCACGUGAAACAAAAAAAAAAACGGAAACAGAAAAGUCAGUUGUGGACUAAUUUAUUUUGAUGACAAUCUUGUUGGGUGCCCACAUGUCAUCCUGAGUCUUCCUGGAUAUUCAGCUCUCCAGGAAAUGAUUGAACUUCUGGUUACUCGCUGAUCAUGUUGCUUGCAGGCUCUCUCUCUCUCACACACAUACACACACACAUACACACACUGUGUACAUGUGCACACACUUACAUGAACAUUUUCACUUAAAGACUACAGCCUUGCUUGUGUACAGUUUCACCAUCAGUAGAUACACACUGUAAAGUAGGAUUGGGUGAUGUGCUAAAAGUUUUUCAUCCAUCCAACCCGACCAACGAGAGCAAAUUCGUGCCUCCCAGCCGUAGUUUGAGUUGGGAGGUGUGCGAGCUGCCAGUGAAAUAAAUUAAUAACGAAAUAAAGAAAAUAAACUUGCAACGUGUCAAGAAAACAAAUAUUCUUAGACAUAUUUUUUAUUAGUUUUUACAAUUCGUGCUUCACCAAAACCGUCUUGUUCAGUCCAACAAUUACCAGCUCUGGUUGGGUUUAAAAUAAACCCUCACUUCACCAAGUCAGAUGUGAAGAUUUUUCUGGCUCUAGAGGCUGUUGUUCCACUCGUUCCUCGGCUCAGUGGGUGUGUACUGUGCCGCUGGCUUAGCUCGUUGUACGAGAGUUUGUCGCUAAGCAGCAUCUCGCUUGUUGUUCAGAGGCAAAGAAACAAAUUAGCAAAACUAAAUAAAAAAAAUAACAAACAAAAAACGUCCGGUUCCUGAUAGCCAACAUAAUCGU